UUGAUGGAGAAAGUCUAAACGUGGGCAUUAUAGUUCUGUAUUUUUUAUCAGUGCAUACAUGUGCACAUAUAUGUCGUUCAAUAGAGUAAACAUCGUCAAUAAUUGUUUGUAUCCGGAUACAUUAGUCUGAGCGCAUGUUGACGCUUCUUCGCUUGUUAGCUAGCUUAGCUUGUUAGCUGCUAACAAAGACGCGACACAUUCUUACAACUACGCGCGGAUUAAGAAGACAAAAUUAGUGAUCAAAACACAUCGCUAAGCAGAGAUCAAGUGUGAGUGUAAAGUGUUGUGAUUGUGUGAAAAUGUGCGAAAGAACGAUAGCAGAGUACGAGGAGGAACUUUGUCCAACAAAAGAGGAGAAGGAGCGACAACAUCAAAAACAUCAAGUUGUGUUACACAGAACAGACGUCUGUGAAGAACAUCUUCACCCUGAGCAACAGAAGUGGAGGUUCAGGAUGCGGCCCUCCCACAUUAAGAAGGAAGAGGAAUACCCACUGAUCCCCCAUUUUAAAAAGGAAGAGGAGGACCCACUGACACCCCAUUUUAAAGAGGAAGAGGAAGACCCACUGACACCCCAUUUUAAAGAGGAAGCGGUGGAUCCACAGAGCCCUGACAUUAAGGAUGAAGAGGAGGACCCCCUGACCCCUCACAUUAAGGAGGAAGAGGAGGAACACAGCAUCAGUCAGCAGGGAGAGCAUCUUGAAGGACUGGAGGAGGUUGUCACCAAGAUGCCAGUGACUGGUGUCCCUGUGAAGAGUGAAGGUGAUGAGGUCAAAGGUGAAAGUGAGGAGAAGAGAGAGGCGGAGCCUCCAAGCAGCAGCUCAACUCAACACAUGACAACAGAAGCUGAUGGAGACCACUGUGGAGGAUCACAAGCAGACAAGCUCUUAGCUCCACUAUCAGAUAGUGAGGACACAACGUCACACUCUCCUGACACUGAUGAUGAAGACUCUAAAGAUGAUAAGACAUGUCACACUGACAACACACACUUCACAUGUUCUCACUGCGACAAAACCUUUAAAUACCAUUGUCGUCUGAAAGUACACAUGAGAACACACACUGGAGAAAAACCUUUUUCAUGUUCAAUCUGUGGUAAAGAUUUUGUUCGAAGGCACCAUUUCAAAGCACACAUGAGAAUACACACUGGAGAAAAAACAUUUAUGUGCUCAAUUUGCGGUAAAAGAUACACCGAACAAAAAUAUUUGGUAAGACACACAAGAAUACACACUGGUGAAAAACCUUUUAUCUGUUCAGAAUGUGGUAAAGGGUUUUCGCAAAAUGUCUAUUUGAAAGCACACAUGAGCAAACACACCGGAGAAAAACCUUUGUCAUGUUCGGUCUGUCAUAAAGGUUUUAUACAACGCGGUGAGUUGAAAAGGCACAUGAGAACGCACACUGGUGAAAAACCUUAUACAUGUUCAGUAUGUUGUAAAAGUUUUAUACAAAGUCCGCAUUUGAAAGUACACAUGAUAACACACACAGGUGAGAAAGUGUGGAGUUGCAGUGUGUGUGGUGAAAGAUUCUCUUAUAAGAAGCAGUGUAAGAAACACAAGUGUGCUGGUGAGAACAGCAGCAGCAAAUGAAGAUGCAGGAUUUGAAAUAAACCGUCAAAACUUUCACUUUGACUUUCUAACAACAUUAGCACAUAGAUUCUAACAUUUAUAGAUUAGAUAUUUUCGAUUUUUGCUUUUUUCAGUCAAGUACAUGUUUUAAUAUACAUCAUUGUGUACUUGUAUUUAAAAAUGAACACUUUGACUGUAAAGGUGAGAAUAAA